CAUUCAACUGUAAACAGUUCCCUCAAAAUCACUUAAUAAACAUGUUCAAAUUUGUCAUUGUCUUUGCCGCCUGUUUGGCUUACGCCAGCGCCGGUGUUUUGGCUCCCACAGCUUUGGCUGCCGCUCACGCUGUAGCCUAUGCCAAUGCUCCUCUGUAUGCUGCCGGUGGUAGCAGCCAGGUGGAUGUUCGCCACAACUACGACGGUACCCUGUCCUCUUACACCACCACUCCCUUCGGUUAUGCCGGUCCCUACUCCAGCCGUUAUGUAGCUGGUGCAGUUGCUGCUCCCGCUGCUUUUGCUGCCCCCGCUAAGGUUGUAGCUCCAGCUGCCUAUGCCGCCGCACCAGCUGCCUAUGCUGCCUAUGCUGCCGCACCAGCUGCCUAUGCUGCCGCCCCAGCUGCCUUUGCUGCUCCCGCUAAGGUUGUUGCUCCCUAUGCUGCUCCUUAUGCCACUCCCUUCGCUGCUCAAUAUGCCGCCCCAUUUGCCGCACCUUAUGCCACCUAUGGUGCUGCCCCUGUUGCUGCUUCAUAUGCCGCUCCCGCCACCGUUGUAGCUUAAGAAUCUCAUUUCGAACCGAAUAAUUGUUAAAAAUGUA